GCCUGCGUGGUGACGGGCGCUUCCCGCGGCUUCGGCCGGAGCUUGGCGCGUCUCCUGGCCCCGCGGCUCGGCCCGGGCUCGGCGCUGCUGCUGCUGGCGCGCUCCGCGGAGCCGCUGGCCGAGCUGGCGACCGAGCUGAGCGCCGGGGCCACCACCGGCAGCGACACCGGGAGCGGCGGCUUGCGCGUUCAGUACGUGGCCGCCGAUCUGGGCUGCGAGGAGGGGCUGCGGACCGCAUCGGCUGCCGUGCGGGAGCUGCUGCAGGACGCGUCCUUCGGCCGCCUGCUCCUCGUCAACAACGCCGGUAACGACACGGUGACCCCGGCUGGCCCCGUUUGUGCCCCCCGAGCCACUGCUCUCCUUCCCCGGGGGCAGCCGGGACACUCCCGCCCGGUUCCGGCUGAGCUGGGGCUUGAUCCGGGCUUGGGAUGCCGGCAAAUAACCCCAAAGAGAGAAGGAGCUGCAGUCAUUUCACCCUGGCCGGGUUUGAUUUAUUUAAGGAAUUAACUUUAGCAGUGCUUUGCUGCCAGCGAGGUUUUCCCUGCUGUUCUUAAAGCUUUACCGGUGGCAUAGGAACGGUUGGAUCCCCUCCUGMACCUUCCUAUCCCCCUGCUCUGCUCCCCAAAUCCAAACCUUCRGACAAACUUCCAGCCCCACCUUGUGGAUCCUUCCUUGCACCGUUAAUGCCUUUUUUACCCAUUAUCGCUUUCAAUCAUCUGUGGGUUGCUUUGCUCCGGGAUCUGGGGYUGUCACUGGCUUGGUUCCCAUCAGGGACCUGUGGAGGGGACACGGUGGCCCUUGGGGACAUUGUCCUCCAGGCUGGGAGCUGUUUGUUUUGGCACAGGGGUGGCGGGGCAGGUCCCUGUCCCCYGUGUCACCCGAAAUGGGCUGGGCUGGGCUCCUCAGGCUGCUGUGGGACCCUGGCAGGGACUGGGACACCAAAGCUGUGCUCUGGAAGGGUUCCACGUGGAAUGUGCAGGGAAA